CAAAAGGUGACGGUAGAAGUGCUGGACCACUUGGAACACCUGGCCCUGGUUGAUUUCCGCGACGUAGAGCGGCUGCAGAAAGCGAUCCAGUUUGCUGAUCAGCUGCACAAGGUGAACACCGAUGGUGUAGAACCGAUGGAUUCAGUCCUGGAGGACAGGUGUCUGUAUCUCAGAGAAGAUGAUGUUACAGAAGGCAACUGCACAAAAGAGCUGCUGGAAAAUGCCAGAGAGAAAGUAGAGGAAUAUUUUGUAGCCCCACCAGGUAACAUCCCUUUACCAAAGCUAGAAGAACGAGAGACUUUUCUGCAGGGCUCUUAG